AUGGCGGGAGAGAAUCAAGAAAAAGCCCUAGAAUCAAAACCACCACACUUUGUGCUAAUACAUGGCAUGAGCUUGGGAUCAUGGUGCUGGUACAAAAUCAAAUGUCUCAUUGAAGUCUCUGGCUUCGUCGUCACUUGCAUCAACCUAAAAUCUUCCGGCAUCGAUCCUUCCUCAGCCGACUCUCUAAAUUCCUUCGACCAAUACAACCAACCACUCAUCGAUUUCCUCUCCUCAUUACCCGAACAAGAACAGGUGAUACUUGUGGGUCACAGUGCAGGAGGACUUAGCGUAACAAGCGCGUUACAGAAGUUCCCUAAGAAGAUCUGUCUCGCUGUUUAUAUCGCAGCUACAAUGCUCAAGUUCGGGUUUCAGACCGAUCAAGACUUGAAAGAUGGAGUGCCUGAUCUAUCAGAAUAUGGCGAUGUCUAUGAGCUCGGAUUUGGUUUAGGACCCGAGAAUCCUCCGACCAGUGCUCUUAUCAAAUCGGAAUUUCGGAAAAAUCUCCUUCACCACAUGAGUCCUCAACAGGAUUGUGCGUUGGCUGCGUUAAUGAUGAGACCAGCUCCGCUUCUGGCGCUCACAACAGCAAAACUGGAUGAAGAAGAAGAGGAAGGGGAUAUGGCGCACGUGCCUCGCGUGUACAUCAAGACUUUGCAGGACCGGGUCGUGAAACCGGAGCAGCAGGAGGUUAUGAUUAAACGGUGGCCACCGAGCCAAACUUAUGAACUGGACAGUGACCAUUCUCCUUUCUUCUCUAACCCCUUUGCUCUCUUCGGUUUACUCCUCAAAGCUGCAGUUUCUGCAGGUUCCAUCUAA